AUGUCGCGACUGCCGCGAUGGACAUUUUAUCUAUGGGUGGCGAUGGAAAAGUUGUUGGUGUUGCAGAUCGGGCCGAAGAAGAUGAACAAGUGGCUGGUGCUGCAGAUCUACGAUGGAGAUUUUUUUUUGAGUGGUACAAUGGAGUUGUGCAGUGUUGAUGUGGGUGUGGUUGCGGGUGAUGGUUGGGUGUGCGUGCGUGCGGCGGUGGUGGUCGUGGUGUUGACGGUUUGGGUUGUGUUUUCAGUUGUGGAUGGGGGCUAUGGUGGUGGUGGUGUUUGGGUAGCGACGAUUAUGUUUGGUCGUGGUGUUGACAGUUUGGGCUGUUUUUUCAGUUGUGGAUGGGGGCUGUGGUUCUGGUGGUGCUUGGGUAGCGGCGAUUAUGUUAGAUCUGGUGAUGGAUCAGGCGGCAGCGGCGUAGUAAAGUUCUCUGCAUCUCUUCCCUGCCCACUAGUCUCUCACGAUUUCAGAUCACAGGAGAAAUACUGGGAAGAGAAGCCUGGUCAAGAUGUACCCCUAGUGAAGCCAAAGUUUUAUGGCGGACCUUGGAGGGUAAUGAGAGGUGAUAUGGGAUGA